GGAGCUAUCUCUCUGUUUCUCUGUUUUCUUCUCUGGCCAAAAGGGAGAUAGAUAGACAUUUUGUUUUGUCGACAUCAUGGUUGUUCUUCAAAGACACGCUCUCUCCUAACCCAAAUAUUCACAGGCUCUUUCGCAUUCUUAGGAUUCAUUCCUAGAUCCGCAAUUGCCUCCCUAACCCUCUCUGUUUUUUCCUUUCCCUUGGCCGACACAACUGUCCCUGACAUUACCUGUUCCAAAUAAGCUAUUUUUGUUGCAGAAAAGCGAGAAACUGUGCCUGGCCCUUUUCUGGUUUUUCUAAUUUUCCUUCUGGGGUUCUUGAUUUUGAUUGAAAGGAUCCACCUUUUUUGGUUCGUUUCAAAUCCAUAUUCGAUUGGGAUCUGGGUUCUUUAGAUUCAGUAGGAGGAUAUUCUUUGGUACCCUUUUGAUCCAGGGAUCUGGGUGCUCUCUGAUUCAAUUCAUUUCAUCAUUGUAUUUCUCAACAAGAUUCGGGGUUCUUGUAUUCAAGGGGUGCAAGGUGAUUAAUUGGGGAGGGAUAUGAGGUUUAUCACGAUGGCUGGAGAGGAAAUUUAGGUUUUUUUUAGGAGUUUAGGUUGUUGGUCCGGGGGCUUGAUUUCCUGAUCAUUGAAUCCUAUAUACACAAGAACUUGCAUUGAAAUUUCUGGUUUCCUGUUUAGAAGCAACAGGGGAUUGUCAAUUAUGGGCUGCAUUUGCUCGAAAGGGACUGGUGCCAAUGAACAUGUUGAAAGCAACCAUAGUAAGGACAGGGUUUUGGGUAGAAGCUCUAGGAAGUUAUCUGCUCCUGCAGCAAGGGAGAAUAUUGUUGUGGAGGCAGAUGCAGGUUGCAAUGAAGCCACUGCAAGGCUGAUAUCAAAUCAGCAUGGAAACCAGAAUAACUGCUUUGCUCCUGCUUCAUCUUCAGACGAGGAGGAGAAGAAGGCUAUGGCGGUGGCUGUUGAGAAGACGAAGAUAUCGCCCCAACUUCAUCGGCGACAUACAAUGGAGACUGGGGUAAAAGGUGGACAAGGGCAGUCUCGGAUGUCUAGGAUAGGGAGUGCAAUUCCUGGGGAGAGAGGAGCCCAGGUGGUGGCUGGUUGGCCCUCUUGGUUGGCUGCAGUGGCUGGGGAAGCAAUCAAUGGAUGGGUGCCUCGAAAAGCUGAUUCAUUUGAGAAGUUGGAGAAGAUUGGACAAGGAACUUAUAGCAGUGUGUACAAAGCUCGUGAUCUUGAAUCAAACAAAAUAGUUGCAUUGAAGAAAGUGCGGUUUGCUAAUAUGGAUCCUGAAAGUGUUCGUUUUAUGGCAAGAGAAAUCAUUAUUCUGCGUAGACUAGAUCAUCCCAAUGUCAUGAAGCUUGAAGGUCUAAUUACUUCUAGGGUGUCUGGAAGCUUGUACCUUGUUUUCAAAUAUAUGGAGCAUGAUCUAGCAGGACUUGCAGCAACACCGGGGGUUAACUUCACUCAGGCCCAGAUCAAAUGUUACAUGCAACAGUUGCUUCGUGGACUUGAACAUUGCCACAGUCGUGGGAUUUUGCACCGUGACAUUAAGGGCUCUAAUCUCUUGAUUGACUAUAAUGGAAAUCUCAAGAUUGGUGAUUUUGGGUUGGCAACUUUUUACCGUCCCACUCCAAAACAGCCUCUAACAAGCCGUGUAGUAACUUUGUGGUACCGCCCUCCUGAGCUUUUGCUUGGAGCCACAGACUAUGGAGUUGCUGUGGACCUGUGGAGUUCCGGUUGCAUUCUGGCAGAGUUGUUCGCUGGGAAGCCUAUUAUGCCUGGAAGAACAGAGGUGGAACAACUGCAUAAGAUCUUCAAGCUCUGUGGAUCACCUUCUGAAGAGUACUGGAGAAGAUCAAAAUUGCCACAUGCAACCAUUUUCAAACCUUCACAUCCUUAUAGACGCUGUGUUGCUGAGACAUUCAAGGACUUUCCUAAAUCAGCUUUGGCACUUAUGGAUGUCCUCCUUGCAAUACAACCUGAGCACCGUGGGACUGCUUCUUUGGCACUUCAAAGUGAGUUCUUUACAACAAAGCCUUUUCCCUGUGCUCCAUCAAGUUUGCCCAAGUAUCCACCAAGUAAGGAGUUUGAUGCUAAGCUUCGAGAAGAGGAAGCUAGAAGGCGUAAAGCAGCUGCUGGAAAAGGACGUGGACAUGAAUCAGUUAGAAAUGCUUCUAGGGAAUCCACAGCUGUACCAGCACCAGAUGCUAAUGCUGAGUUGCAGGCAUCCAUACAGAAGCAACGAAGGAAGGCUGACCCUACAAGUGUUAGUGAACAGUACAAUCCUGAAGAGGAAGCUGGCUCUGGCUUCCCUAUGGAGCCUCCCAAAGGAACAAAGGUUAUGCAUUCUCAUUUUGGUCCGUCAAUGCACCCCAGUAAUUACGGAUCUACCUGGAAUAUGAACACAAAUGAGGGCCAGUCUAUUAAGGCCUCUACACGAGCAUUCGGUUCUCCAAGGAAGCCUGCAGAGAUAAGAACCCAGACGUCAUACAUUAAUCCAGGAGCAGCAGAACUUUCCAGAUUUUCCCAUUCAGUUGCUACAAGUAGAGGGAAAUCUCAUUUUGACACCCCCAAAGAGAGUGGCAUGACUGACGAGUGUUUUUCUGCUGGAUACAACCAUCUUGAUAAUGGUGGGGCCUCGGAAAAUCAUGAACUGUCUCACCUCUUGCUGGAUAAACCGAAGAAUUUACAUAAGAAGGAUGAACAAUCUUUCAAAGAAUCAACAAUGGGUUAUGUUACCAAGCAAACCCGCAUCCACUACUCUGGACCAUUGCUACCUUCAGGGGGAAACCUUGAGGAAAUGCUCAAAGAGCAUGAGAGACAAAUCCAGAAUGCUGUACGCAAAUCUCGUUUGGACAAGACAAAAACAAAGAAUUCCUUCGAUGAUAAGGGACAAACUGAAGCGCUACUUUGUUAUGGGACAAGCGGCAGGUGACAAAUGCAAGGAAAUUUAUGCUGUCUUCAUUUUGAUCCUGAAGCCCCGGCAGAAUCUCAUCAUAUACAUAUCCAAAAAAAACGUAUAUGCCAGAUACCUGACAAUUCUCACCAUUGGAAGAGGCUCAAUAACCCUGUAAAGUACAUGGGAUUUGCCACUAAAUUCUGACCAGAAAAAAAUGGCUUAACUCGGUUGAGAUUUUGAGAAUAAUGGAUAGCUCGGAAUCUAUCGUCAUUUUCUGGUGAUGCAUGGAGACCUCUCUGUUUGACAAUUUUCAACUAACGGAGCCAAACUUGUACAGCUAAGUUGGUUUCUGUAUACCGCAUCUCUUGUAAAGGUCAUCAUUUUGUUCAAAGCAGCUGGUACCUUGCUCUUUCAAAGAAUGUAACUCAUGCUGUCUUUGCUUCCUCAGGCAAAAUGCCUUUUAUAUAGAAAUGUCAUUGUUUAUUUGUUAAAAAAUUUCAGGGAUUGCA